CAAUGGAUGAUUCUCGCUCCGAGAUUCCUGAAGCUUUUAAAGGCCGCCGCUCUCGCUCUGGCAGACUACGGUAGAGCUCAAAUUUGAAAUUUUCUUUGACCUUUCUGUCUCAGCUAUCUUUCUCUUCCUUACGUGAUAUUUUUGAUAGACUUUCUCCUUGCCUUUCACUCCAAAGAUGAGGAUGCACAAAACUGGGACACUAAGCGCCAUCGACGGCAUGGACAAUCCAGACAGGGUGAGGAUACUAGGCAUUGUCGAUAAGCUUCGAGAGCUGGGGAUCAGCGAGGGACUUUCCCUGCCACAACUCGUCGUUGUUGGUGAUCAAUCCAGUGGGAAGUCUUCGGUCCUGGAAGGUUUGACUGGGCUUUCAUUCCCGGUUGCAAGUGACCUUUGCACUCGAUUCGCCACUCAAAUUGUGCUACGAAGGACUCCGGCUGCUGAGGAAUCUGUCAAGGUGUCGAUCAUUCCGGGGCCGACCACACUUGACGAUGAGGAGGCUAAAGACCACCUGCUGGAGUUUGAGAAGACGUUUGAAAAGAUUGACUUUGAUCGCGAAAUCUUUUCCAAGAUUCUGGACGAUGCGGCAGAAUGCAUGGGAUUGCCUCGAUCCACAGAUGAUAGUAUUGAGAAUCUUGAAAAGCGGUUUUCCGACGAUAUUUUGAAAAUUGAGCUAUGCGGGCCUGAGCAUCAUCAUCUCAGUGUUGUCGAUGUUCCUGGAUUGUUUCACAAUCCUACAAAGUACCAAACGGCGGAAGACAAAGUCAUCAUUCGAGAUUUGAUUCUUCAGUAUAUCACUGAUCGGCGUACCAUUAUACUUGCUGUCAUGGAUGCCAGAAAUAACCUAGCUAACCAGGAAGUUUUCAACAUGGCACGUGCGGCCGACCCUGAAGGGCAACGCACUGCGGGUAUAAUAACCAAGUGCGACGCGCUUCAACCAGGGGACGAAGACUCUGUUAUGAAAAUUGCCCAGAACGAGGUGGAUCGAUUGACUCAUGGGUGGUUUGCAGUCAAGAAUAGGUCCACCCAGGAUAUUAAAGAUGGUGUCACCAUCGAAGAACGCCACAAAAGUGAAAAGAAGUUCUUUACCACUGCACCUUGGAAUCAGCUCCGGAAAGAUCGCGUUGGCAUUGAACCACUCAAGACCUUCCUGGGACAACUUCUCUACACUCAUGUUCGCAGAGAAUUUCCUUCCUUGGUGAGAGAUAUCGAAAGCGUCUGCAGCAGCACUCAGAAAGAGCUCGAAGCUUUGGGCCCUCCAAGAGGCACACUUGGAGAACAGCGUCUAUAUCUUACCCGGAAAUCGAUUGCCUACGAAAAAAGCGUGGAAGCUGCUUUGCGAGGAAAUUAUGCGACAAAUUUGCCCGCAAAAGAUCCAUCCAAACUACGGAUGCAUAUUCGUAUGCUCAACAAUGGCUUCUCUGAUCGAUUGAAGGCAGAAGGUCAUACCAGAGCAUUUCGUACAGUGGAUGAUAAGCAUGACGAGGAGUUCCCGGCUGAUGACCAGUACGAGAACAUUUACGAUUGGAUCCGUCGCUUUUAUCUUGACUCGCGCGGCGCAGAGCUUCCAGGCACCUUGAACCCUAGUGUUCUCGAAAACCUGUUUCGUGAACAGUCGACCAAGUGGGCAAAGGUGGCUUUCAAUUAUCUCGAGGAUGUCGAAAAGGCAGUUCUGGCAUACAAUGAUGCAAUCUUUUCCGAGUUGAUCCCCGAGGAAGAUGUUCGCCAAAAGCUUCGUACACGACUAGACUCUGAAAGCCAAGAAACCAUUGCGUCGGCGAGGCGCCAUCUGAAAGAAAUACUGAGCGAUGAGCGGGAUGGCAUCUUACAAACGGAGAACCAUUAUUUUUCUGACACUCUUAAUUCGAUUCGCGAAGACCGAGUUUCGCAGAGACUACAGAGUGAGGCAUUCUCGGGACACAACACGCUAUAUAAUGUCGAUCUUUCAUCAAUUAUGCGCACAGUGCACCUCAGCAACGAGGAUCAGUCCGUCUACGAGAUUCAUGACACUUUGAAAACUUACUAUAAAGUUGCCAUCAAGCGCUUCGUCGACAACGUCAUAAUGCAGGUGGUCGAGCGUCACUUUCUCAGAGACGGCGGUUCCAUCAAGAAGUUCUCUCCUGAGUUUGUCAAUCUACUUGACGACGCGGAUCUCAGCUACAUUGCCGGAGAAAAUUAUAGUACAGCAAGCGCAAGGGUGGAUAUCAAGAACAAGAUUGAAAGAUUUCAAAAGGCACUCGAACUCGCACACGGUACUGGAAUCUGACCUAGCACAAAGCGCAUUAUGCAUAAUCGAUCUUCCUACACUUGAUUAAGCCAUCGUAUGCAUUGCUAGUCUGAUUUUGUUAGCAGCUUGAAUUUAAGAAAUCUCCAAGACUUGCCCAUCCAUUUUCUUCUCCUCUGCAAUAGCCUCAAAAUGAAUUUCUCAAUUUACAGAUAAUCCAAGCACUCAUGGUCCGAAC